AUGCGGUUCGGAUGCAAACGAUUCUCCUUCUCCACAGGAUAUUUCUCUCGCUCUUCUGUGUCGUGCCGCCCACCCCCAACGGGCUCUUUGAUGGAUAGGAUUUAAAACUUCUUCUCUACUGGUGUGGAUAUUAUAUACUUUAAAAAAAAAUACCAAACGAUUUUUUUUCGAUGUAUAUGGAUGAAGUGAAGUGUGUUUUGGAAAGAGGAUAUUUGUGAGUAUAUCUCUUCUCCUAACUUCUCGAGUGCACUUGUUGCUGAGGUUUCGGUGAUAACUCAUGAGACGAUGGUAAUUAAUCAGUGAAAAUCGAGUGAUUAACUGGAUUGCAAUCGAGGAUGGAUUUCAGGUGAAAUCGAAUGUCGUGUGUUGCCGGCGAACCAUGAAUGCCUCACCGAAAUUGGGAUACAGAAACGCUUUCGGACUGUUCCUAUGCCUGUCCUGCGUCCUAGCGUUCCGAUGCUGCUCUGCACUGGACUUAACGGAAUGCGUGUCAGCUUUGGGCAUGGAGUCAGGUGAUAUCAAAGACCACGAAAUCAACGCCAGCUCCUCCUACAACGAAGGAAGCGUUGGGCCACAAAAUGCAAGGUUGGAUCGCGAGCUGAACGGGGGAGCAUGGUGUCCUGAGCGUCAAAUCAGCAAGGAUGUAUUAGAAUACCUGGAAGUGUACUUGCCCAACUUGCACGUCAUCACUGCCGUGGCCACUCAGGGGCGUUUCGGUAACGGACAAGGCAGGGAGUACACUGAAGAGUACAUGCUCGAGUACUGGAGACCAGGCCUUAGUCAAUGGAAGAGGUUCACAGACAGAAAAGGUGUACAGAUCUUCAAAGGCAACACGAACACUUAUUCGAGCGUGAAACGAAUUGUGGACCCUCCGAUCAUCGCGACAAAGAUUCGAUUCGUCCCCUACAGCAUCCAUCUGAGGACCAUCUGCAUGAGGGUGGAGCUCUACGGAUGCAUCUUUCACGAUGGACUUGUGUCGUACGCUAUGCCCCAGGGCGAACGCCGUGGCGUGGACGUAAACCUUUCAGACAAGAUCUACGACGGCAUCAAAGACGAUAGCUAUCUGCAUGGGGGAUUGGGACAACUGACGGACGGACAAAAGGGAGACGAUAACUUCAAGGUCGACACUCAAGGUUAUGGAAAAGGUUACGAGUGGGUAGGGUGGAAAAACGAUAGUGGAGGUAUUAGUACUCUCUCCAAUGAUAUCCUCACCGGUACGGAGUCCCGCCCCAUCGAAAUCAUCUUCACCUUCGACACGGUCCGCAACUUCACGGCCGUCUACUUCUACUGCAAUAAUAUGCAUUCCAGAGACGUGCAGGUAUUCUCUUCUGCUAAAAUAUGGUUCAGUGUGGGAGGUCGCUAUUUUCAAAGCCAGGCUGUCCAGUUCUCCUACAUGCCUGACCUCUUCUUCGAGCACUCUCGAAAUGUGACCAUCUUCCUACAUCACGGCGUUGGAAGGGUGGUCAAAGUGGAGCUGCACUUCGCCUCAAGAUGGAUGCUUCUAUCAGAAGUCAGUUUUGACUCAGUUCCUGCUGUUGGUAAUUUCACUGAGGAAGAACCACCAGCAGCUCCACCUAUAGUGAGCACAGCUUUGAAUGAAGAUGCAUUGGGUAACCAGUACGUGGGUUUGGUCAUCGGUGUCCUGGCUGCCGUCAUUCUUCUUCUGGUGGUGGUCAUCUUCGUUAUAAUUGCCAGAAAUAAAAGACGGAAGAAUACGUCUCCCCACAAUGUCCUGAGGCCUGGAGAAAAUAGGGUCACCAUAAACAUGAAGGACCUUGGUUUGACCUUCAGCUCUUGCCCCAGCCAUCUCUCCAACGGAUCCGUGUACGGCCAAGUGGCAGCGGAUGAUCCAGACAAACUUCUGUAUCAGGAACCUCAAGACAUAAAAGCAAACUACUCAGGUGCUUAUUGCAAUGGUACAACCAUCAGUCGCGAGUACGCGAUACCAGAAAUCAAGAAAGCUGUGCCACCACCCUCGAGCAAGGCUUCUUCUUUUAGCCGAGCUGCAGGUCCCGACCGUCACUACGCAGCCACCGCCGUGCUGGAAUUACCCAACAUCCAGGGCGUGAGCGGGAACACGGUCUACGCCGCCCCCAACGUCGACGAGGAGCUGUUGCCGCCCGUGCCGGAGAUUCCACGACACAAGCUGCAUUACCUCGAGAAGUUGGGAGAGGGACAGUUCGGAGAAGUCCAUCUGUGCAGAGCAGAGGGCAUUCCUGAACUGGUGGACGUUCCCUGCCAUGGCAACUCAUCCACCCUGGUGGCGGUGAAAAGCGUGCGCCCUGGAGCCAGCGCCGGCACGAAAGCCGACUUCUUCAAAGAGGUGCGCAUCCUCUCCCAGCUGCGGGACCCCAACAUCGUGUACGUGCUCGGCGUGUGCACGCAGGGCGAAGGCCCCCUUUGCAUGAUCGUGGAAUACAUGGAGAACGGCGACCUCAACCAGUAUCUACAGCAGCAUGCUCCAGAAACGGCAGGCACUCUCACCUUCAGACCAAGCACGACUUCCAGCAAGACACUGAGCUACGGAUGCCUGAUUUACAUGGCCACCCAGAUCGCUUCUGGCAUGAAGUACCUGGAAUCCUUAAACUUCGUGCACCGGGACCUGGCGACUCGGAACUGCCUGGUGGGUCGCAACCACGUCAUCAAGAUCGCCGACUUCGGCAUGAGCAGGAGCCUUUACAGCACCGACUACUACAGGAUACAGGGGAGGGCCGUGCUGCCCAUACGCUGGAUGGCAUGGGAAAGUAUACUGCUGGGUAAAUUCACCACAAAAAGUGACGUCUGGGCCUUUGCUGUAACCAUGUGGGAAAUCCUCACUUUUGCGAGACACCAGCCUUAUGGCGAGCUGACAGACGAACAAGUCAUCGAAAACAUCGGUUUCCUAUACCACGGGGACAAGCACUACAGGCCGUUACCUCAACCACCGAACUGUCCAAGAGAAAUCUACGAUCUGAUGCGCGAAUGCUGGCAGAGAAAUGAAACAGACAGACCGAACUUCCGCGAAAUCCAUUUGUUCCUUCAACGGAAGAAUCUUGGAUAUGCCCCUCAGCUUUGAAGACUAAUGAACUAUGGGCGAAUCCAUCAACGAAUAACAUUUGCCAACGAUCUCUGUUUUGUCUAGCAACAACGAGAUUCCGAAUGCAGUGCUGGACCGCAGACGGGCACCAAGUUUUAGUCCAGAUGCUGGGCACCAAUCAACUACUUACACGAGCAAUGAAAACUAGCAAACAAACCGCUUGCAUAUUUGAUUCACAACAAUCGCUGCUGGAAUCUGUUCAUUUAUUGACUUAUUAACCAAUCAGAGGUAGUUGAUUUGCAGAGCCAAGAAAAGCGAAAAGUAUAUGUAUUGCCGGAAUAAACCCAAAGAUUUCCUCAGAUUUGCUGAAGGACACUACAAGGAGUAUUGUCAUUGGAGUUUUGUUCCAAAUACCAGUUGUAUGUGGACAUUGCAUUUAAUCAGGAGCUUUUAUUUGUGUAUGGUUCAAGGUGCAAGAACAAUUUUGAUCAUAUAUGACAUUGUAUAUAUAAAUUAAGUUAUAGAUUCACCGCGGUUGCAAAUUGUGUAUUGAUGUCGUCUCGACAAUAAGUGGCUAUUUCGAAGGCUUGUAGUCCGAAUGUCAUUGAAGGAACGGGUAUUUAUACUUAUGAAAAAAAAGAAGAUUAAUUUCUGAGUGAACCACGAUUCAGUUCAAUUAUUUUAAUGAACUGUAUUAUAUUAAAAUAAGUUCAAUAUACCACUUGCCUACUAGCAUGGUGACCAUGAUUUUCGUAAUUAGAAUUUAUUUUAUUUUUUCAACCAUCAUCUGUUCACAGACAAAAUCAAUAAUCUAUAAAAAUAUUUCAUCAAAUUAAAUCUUCCAAAUGUUUAUUUAUGAAAAGCAUGCAAUAAUAAGACAUCUGGAAGCAACAAGACUAGAUGGAGUAAGAUUGCAAUAAUUUAUGUUUCCUGAAUCUCAUAACCCAUCGAAGAUAUCUCUGGCUUGAACCUCAUUUAUACCACUGGUGUGUUCCGUUUUAAAAAAAUAAAUACUGUCUGAGCUUUAGUUUCUGUGAUCAAGAAUUGCACUGUAUGUCACUACUUUAGAAAGCGUGUAAACACACGUUCCUUAGGCCAAAAGCUAUGAUGAAUCUCAAAUUGAAACUUGGAAUGGACGAUGAAUUCCUAACUGUAUAUAGCUAAGUGAUGAGAUAAUGGUAUAUAAUUUGAUGAUAAAAUAUAAGCAAGUGUUCAUGUUAUAGAAUAGCAAAAGGUGACGUGAAGGAAAAAGACUUGGAGGAAGACUAUUUAUGCUCUGUUGUAUCUGUGAUUUUCUUUUACUUUAUUACUUUUUAAUUUACAAAGUGCAACUUAUUCUUAAGAUCAUGAGUGCCCGUAUUUGUUUGGAAAUACUCAACCCAACCUACUCGUUUUUUAUAUAUCUUUUUAUGUAACUGAAAUACUAUAUUUGACAACUUAAAAAAAUUUCUUAUCUCAUUUUCAUAAUCCUUAGUAAUAAUUAUCAGAAUUAUUUAAAAAAUAUUUAUUUUUAACAGCUGAAUCUACAGAAAAAAUAUUAAAAUUAAAUUAAUUAGCCAAAUUAAAAAGAAACACAUAUAUACCAUCACUCCUUCCAUCUAAGUUUAGUUAUCAGAUUUGCCAUUUUUUUCUCACCUAAAAUUAGAAUUUUUAUUUUUUAAAAAAGACAAUGUAUUGCGUUUUUUGUUUCGAUCUGUAUUCAAACAUUCGAAAUUAAUUUCUUUGGUUCUCAUAUUGUAUACUAAAUUUGAUAAUUUUAUACCAGUAAUAUAUUGUGUCUUUGAACCUAGUCAAUAUGACAAGAAACUAUAAAUGGAUUUUUCCCAUUUAGAGAAAACGAUAAUUAUUAUUUACAUUCGUUUUCACCGCUUCAUUUCUUCCCACAUUUUUCAUCGUUGGAAGUAGCAUUGCAAAAUUAUUAAUCAAAUUCGAAAACAAGGAAAAAAAACAAAACUGAAUAUGCAAUCUAGUUUGUCAUUUUUGGUUAUGAAAUGUGGUACGAAAGAUGUGCUGCCUACUAUCUAAACAGAUUUUUUUCCAAAUUUAAUUGUGUUCUUUUUUUAAAUUUAGAAGAAAAAUACAAAUUGGACAAUUAAUUGAAGGAAGAGAGCAAUGAAAAUGUAUUUUAGAACAACUAAAAUUACGUUUCUAGUAAAAUUAAAUUAGAAAUGUGCAUUAUAAAAAUAUUCUAGCUAUUAUAUCUAAAUAGAUGUCAAGGAACGUUUUCAGCAAACGAUUCUUAAUAUCUGAAAAUUUUCAAAUGUAUAGAAAAUUUAAUUAUAAUUGAUUUUACAAAUGGUGUUAUAUGCAAAGAAUAUUACAUAUUAAUAAGAUAGAAAAAUGUUAUAUAUUAUUCUAAAAAGUCUUUUUUUUAUCAUUUUUAUAUAUAAUAAUUCUGAAAUACGAAAAUAUAUUUUAAAAAAUAAAUUAUAAUAAUGUUUCGAAAAACCCAAAAAGAAAUUGACGUAAUAUCCUUAAAAUUAAUUAAGUGCUUAAAUAACUUGAAAGAUAAUAAAUUUUCGAUUUUAAUUCAUUGGAAUUAUGAAAUUAUUUAAAAGGAGUGAUGCAUUUAAAACUAUCAUGGAAAAAUGGUUUUUACGUGUUAAAAUGUUAGAACUACUGUUAAAAAGAUUAUCUAAAGAACAAACUGUUUUUUUUCUUUCAAAACUUAUGAUCAACCACUUUUCAAAUGUUUUAAUGAAAUUUCAAUAAUGAAAUCUCAUUCUGUUUCCAUCUUAUUUUAAAAAUCUCAUAAAUGAAAGUUUUUCCAUUUUUAUUCAGUAAAAAUUUUUUUUACACGUGUGACAUAAAUAUGUUGUUGAUCCAUUCUAAAUCAUAUUCAUAUGCUACACAAAAUGCAAUACCACUGAAAUUAAUAGGAGAAAACCCACCAACACGGAAAAAUCUUUCUUGAAAAUGGAUAGUUGUAACAUCUAGCUAAAACUCCCAAUGUUCCAAAUGUGGCAUUUUUAUUGUGACACGUAAUUUAUAAAUGACGAUCUGUAAAUUCAUAGACAUCACAAACGAAUGUAGAAAUAAAAACUAUGUAAAAAAAAUGACUUGUGGCUUUUAUCUUCCUCUUAGCAGAACAC